AAUUUACUUCAUUACAUUUUAUAUUUACAUAACUCUUACUCUUACUUCAAUUUACAUGUAAAUGGUAAUAUUUGGUUGUAUUUGGUUAUAUUUUAAAAGAUUUUCAUUUAAAUAAUUUUUCUAAUAUUAAUAUGGAAAAAAAGAAGGAAAAAGGGCUACCGGCUGCACAAGUUGAUAGAACGGAAGUCUUCAGAAAUUUCCAGACUAUCUCCUUCAACCGAUCAAACCGCAUCUUUCCUCCAAAUAAACAGACCCACCAUCCCCCAAAAUUCCCAAACCCAAAACAAAAUGUUCUUCUUCUUCGUUGGAGGUUUAGAGCAACAAGUUCGCCGACUCCUCAAAUCCGGCGCCGCCCGUUGUAUAAACUGCAACUCCCCGGCCGAUCUCGUCGACUAUGAGAAAGUCCUAAAGCUUUUCUUUGUUCCUGUGUGGCGGUGGCCGGGAAAAGAGCCAUUGAUGCACUGCAACAAUUGUAAGCUCUUUUUCCCCCAGUCCUUAUCUCCGCCGUCAUUUUCCGAUCAAUCGACAUCAGCCACUCUUUUAAGAGCCCUUCGUUGCCGCUCUUGCAACAAAGUAGUGGAGCCCGACUUCAGUUUCUGCCCUUACUGUGGAUCUUCUUUGUAAAUUUCAUAAGUUUUGUGCCUUCUAGUAAUCAUAAUGGUGUAUGAUCCUUUUAUGUGCACUUGAAAUCUUGGUUUGGAUGAGAAACUUGUGGAAUCUAUGUGGAACCAAAGAUUGAGAAUGAAAAAUCUUUAUUAAUACUGA